GGUUGAAACAAGCAAUUGGUGGUCUUAGGUAGAUCUAAGGCAUGGCGGCUGAAGUAUUAUUAUAAUGGUGGUUUUUGUUUAUCUUGAAAGGGAGAGUUCAAGUGAUGGAAAAUGAGGAUGAUCAUGGAGUGGAUUUUAGAUCAGGCAGACAUUCUUCUCUUGGGUGCCCCAUCCUAUUCGAGUUUACUUGUGUCAUUUCUUCAGGCUUGGUAGACGAAUACUCUUCAUUUGGAUAGGUGAUUAAUUUGAUGACUAGCCCCCGCAGGGGUGUGUAGAUAGGUUGGUUGAGA